GAGGCACUGCCCGAACUGUACUGCACAGCAACGGCGCGUCCAGCGAAGCAAAAAGAAAAAAAAGGAAGGAAGCCGGGCCGAUCUUCGUCCACGAUAAGCAGAAUGCGAAGGAGGCGUGCGCGCGCGCGCCGGGGGCGGGUUCGGCCCCUGUUUCCGAAACUCCGGCCUCGCCGCUUCCCGGUACUCGCUCGACCCGCGCGCUCACAUCGGCAGCGACAGGCGAUCCAGGACCGGCGGCGGCCCGGGGCGCUUCCGCGGCUCGUCUCACACGCGCCGCACGCCGCGCUCGCGACUGACGCCCGCCGACGGCCCCCGCUACGGCACGCGCCGCCGCACGCGAUUCGUUUUCGUCGUGGAUGGGAACGCGCGUACCCACGUGGACUACUAGCACGGCUCCUGUUCUGAGAAACUGAAAAAAGAAGCGUUGGUCGUCUCUGUUCCUCCUCCGAUGACAUGAGCGACGACUCUUCCAAGUGUUCGGCUCGAGCUGGCAGUGAAUCCGGGAAUACGGCCGCGCGGGAAGUGACGCGAAGGCUGUUCAACCCCUUUUAGACAAACUUGCCUCGCAGCCACCUUCUUUCUGCACCGACAGCGGCGAAGCGAGCGGAUCUAACUGAAGGCCCAGACUGCGAAGCGCGACGGCUCCGUGCGCCAACUUCCCACUGACACCUGUUGACGAGCGGGCACUCGCCGCCACUUCUCAGCACGAUGGGCGCGCUGGUCUGUCGGAGCCGAGAACCCGCCGAACCGGGCACCACCAUCCUGGUGGAUUCCCCCGAGCUUUGGGCCAAGCCCGCUUCGGCAGCGUCGCGGGGCCAGGCCGGCCGGCUGCCUUGGCACCGGACGCGGCGGGCCAAGCCCAGCGGCGCCGCCUCAGUGGUGUCUCCCACGGGCGACAACUGCCCGUGCUGCUGCGCGGGAGCCGCGGCCGCCGCCAAGCUGCAGCAGCCGGAGGUGGCGUCCCUCGAGAGACCCGAGUCGCCGCCGAACAAGAUCAGCUUCUCGCGAAGCGCGUGGGAGACGUCCCCGGUGCUCGACAAGCCGAGCUCCGUGCGCGAGGAGCCGCUGUACGUGGAAGAGGCCACCGACCUGCUCACGGACACCGAGCAGCAGUGCCAAUUCGCCUUCUCGGGCAGCGACGACGCCACCCAGGUGGAGGAGAUGACGGAGAACAGUGGCGAGCCGUGCACCUUCUGCACGCUGUACCCGGAGGGCGCGCUGACAGCGGCCACCGACGACGACCUGAAGGGCGCCGCCGAGCGACUGUGCGCGCUCUACCCGGGCACCGGCCGCCCUGCGGGCGCGGCCGACGAGCCGUGCAGCCUCUGCCUCCUGUUCCCGUCCGACGGCGUCGUGGCGCAGCGCGACGAGGAGCCCAGGGCGCUCGACGACGGCUGGUCCAACCUCGACGAAGAGGUGACCAUCAUGGUGGACAGGGUGUCCAGCCUCAGCUCCAUCGUGGAGGAGAAGCUCCGUGUCAAGAACAAGACGAGGCAAGACGUGUGGAAAGGGACAUUCGGCAUCUACGUGCAUCACGCCAAGGACGGCACGAAGAAGAUCGUCAUACGCGAUGGCUGGACGUCCUACCAUAUCCAAGGUAAUGGAUAUGCUUAUACCAAGCGAGUAGACAUCGUAUAUUAUUGCCCAAUAAAAAAGAUCAGAUUAAGAGUGCGAUGUUGGGCUACGAGACUUACUGCAUGGCGUACCAUGCAUGUAUAACAAGAAACCCCUAAUUGCGCGGAAGGAGCUUAUUAAACGUUGUGAAAACUUUUCGAAUGGUUACUGCCGCAUCAAGGUUUGAUGGAGCGAAAUGUGAUUCCCAAGCUAACUGCAAUGAACCUUGAAACCAACUGUCCACUACAAUUUGUGGCUUUCUUGAGCACAUAAAGAAAAAAAAUUAGCGAGCACCAUGCAUGCGGUCAUGUGACUGAAGUUUUAACGAGCAAUCAACCUUGCAUCAACUAUAUACAGAAGAUGAAGGCUGCCGCCCUGCAUCAUUGUGGCUCGACCAACUGGCAUCAUUGCCCCAUCGCCUCCGUCAAAGCUUCUAUAGCUUUAAUAUCAUUUCACGUAUUUCUCCUAGCCUAAUUCGGUUACUAAAUACGGUAGAGUUCAAUUAAACGUACCUUGUGGUGUCUAACACCAAUAGUUCGGCCGAAUAUACUAA